AUUAGAGUCAGUAAGCAGCAUACACCUCUUCCUCUUCCCUCAAAACCCUAAUACCAAUUUUCCAUGGCACAGAAGAAACAACGCCCUUCUCCUCUCGAUGAACCACCCACGGCUUCCUCUUCCGAAUCAGAGGAAGAAGACCAACAACCUUCAUCUCGACAACACGAAGAAGAAGUAGCAGCUUCAUCUGAAGAGGAAGACGGAGAAGCUUCAACUGAAGAGGAGGAUGACGAUGAAGAAGAAAAUCAUCAACAUCCAUCUUUGCAACCCUCUGCUAAAAAUCCUCCACCCCCUCCUACAAACUCUCACCCCAAACCUUCAUCUUCCGAGUCCGCCACUGAAUCCGAUUCAGGAACCGAAUCUGAACCUGAACCCAACCCAUCUGCUCCCGGUGCUGCGAACCCUAAAGUGAAACCACUUGCAUCCAAGCCUAUGGAGCAAACCCCCAAGGCGAGGUCUCAGCCCUCCGCCCCGCCUGCCAGGUCGGGGUCGAAGCGCCCAGCUGCCGACAACAACAUGCAUGCAACUGACCCUAAACGGUCCAAGAAGAAGGUAACUGUUUCUGCCCUUGCUGCUGUUCCUUUCGAUAAGGAGGUUGAGGAGGAUGGGAAAAAAUCAGGUGAUGACCCGAAGAAGCUGUUUCAGAGGAUAUGGAGCGAAGAAGAUGAGAUUGCGAUUCUCAAGGGUAUGGUUGAGUUCGCUUCCAAGACUGGCAUGGACCCGAUUAAGCAGGUCAAUGACUUUCAUGAUUUUGUGAAGAAGUCGCUUCAUGUGGAUGCUUCCGUUAACCAGCUGAAAGAGAAGAUUCGAAGGCUGAAGAAGAAAUUUGAGACCAAUGCAGGAAAGGGGAAGAACGGUGAGGGCCCUAAAUUCUCAAAGGCUCACGAACAGAAAUCAUUUGAAUUGUCGAAAAAGGUUUGGGCCAAUGGAGAUGGAGGGGUAGCCAAUGGAGCAAUGGAGAAGGCUAAGUCUAAUGGGAAAGCUGCAAAGAUUCUGAAAGAAGGUACUAGCAGCAUUAGGAACGCUGCUUCUCCAAAGAAAUCAAAACCUGAAACAAAUCCCGAAACCAAUCUGCCAUCGCUUGAUUCGCAGGAAUCUGAAAAGAUGGACAUUGAUAUAAUACCUGAUACAAAUUUGGCUUUGAGCGAAAUGAUUCGUUUUGGAAAGAGUGGGAGUCUGUUCGGGCUGAAUGAGAAUGUGAUAAAGGGAGGACUGGAAUUAAUGGAAGCAUCAAAGAGGGAAGAGUUGGAGGUGAGGUGGAAUAAAUUGCAAGUUGCUGAGUUAGAGUUGUUUGCGAAGCGUACACAACUUAUUGGGGAUCAAGCUAGGUUGAUAUUGGAGGCGUACAAGUCAUCAAACCAUUAGGGGUUGUGUUAGGUAUAAUUUUGUGGCCUUUUGUGUAAUCCGGUAUAUGUUUUGGAUUAUCUUCUAUGCUUUUUAAUUUUGUGGCUACCAUAUAGUCUUGUUUAGUUAUUGACAUUAUGCAAAUAUUAUGGUUUUCUUUUGGAAUUUUAUGAGAUAUGAUUGUCUUACUAAGUAUUAUUUAUCAGGUAUUG